ACCUACAAACAGUACGUUAGUUUCCGUUGACUGCGCAACAAAUAGUUUUCAUAGUACUAUUUAGAUAGAUAUUAUAUUUUAUUACCUUUAUAGUUAACCUACAGAUUAGGUCACUUAAUAAUAGUUAUGUAUUUAUUGUAAUCGUGCGUACUAAUUUAAAAAUUCUUACAUGAAAUAGUGUUUAAUUUUAAAUACUAACACGUUUACUCGAAAUACGGCGUGUUUUUGUAUGAAUCGUGUGAUCUAUUCAGUGAUGUUUAUUUUCGUCCUCUUGCGAAUAAGCUAUAGAAAAAGCAAUAACCAACUCUAAGUAAUAUCCACUAUCAUAAAUCAGCAAAAAAAAAAAAAAAUACCUUAUAUAACAAUUUCUAUAUAGUUUUGCAGGUAUUAUGGUAUUCAAGUCUCGGACAUAAAUUUAUAUUGUUAUUUGUUAAGUAUCUACUACCGUCUACCAACUAUAUCAAUACACGUAUAAUAGAGAUUGCAUACUUAAAAAGUUUUACUAUGAGAUUAGAAGACUAUUGCAUUUUUAUGAUACUCCUGGUGGGUAUGGCAAUUGCUCAAUCCGACAUUGUAUGCCGUACACCAAAUUAUGAAAAUGGCGUUUGUAUUGAUAUUAGAAAUUGUCAAAAGUUACGAUUGCUUCUGCAAAGCUCCAUCAAUGAAUCUAAUAUAAUCUUUCUUCAGAAAUCAAUUUGUGGUUUUGAAGGUAUAAGUUCAAAAGUUUGUUGUCCAUUGGAUAGCUUAAUUCCAGAGGAUAAAUUACCAUCACCAACCACAUGUGGACAAAGGAAGGUUGCAAGUUUUCGAAUGAUUGGAGGGGAUCAAUCUGAAUUAGGUGCUUGGCCUUGGAUGGUAGCUCUUGGUUACAUAAAUUAUAAUAUAAAAAAUAAUACUCUACAAUGGUUAUGUAGUGGAACACUAAUUACAGAUUCAUACGUAUUAACAUCUGCACAAUGCGUAAAAAAUCGUGAUAAUAUAAGACUGACCACGGCGCGCCUAGGUGAAUUAAAUUUGGAUCCAAAUGUCAAUGACGGCGCAACUCCAUUAGAUGUUCCAAUUGAACACGUUAUAAUACACGAAAAGUACAACUCUGAAGGAGUUCACAAUGAUAUAGCAUUACUAAAAUUAAACCAAAGUGUUGUUUACACUGAAUUGAUCCAACCAAUCUGUUUGCCAAUCACUUCAGAUGUGCAAAAUAUUAACUUGACAGCAACUAUGCUAUUUGUUGCUGGUUGGGGUUCCACCGAUCCUACAUCAUCUUUAAGUGAACCAAGCAAUACAAAUUUGAUGGAAAUUCAGAUUCCAAUAACGAAUACUACGGAAUGUAAGCAGUUAUAUGAAAAAAAUAAUACCGUAAUCGAUGAUAGAAUUAUAUUAUGUGCUGGACAUUCAUUGGGGGGAAAAGAUGCAUGUCGAGGUGAUUCUGGUGGACCUUUGAUGUUACCUAUAGAAAAUCAGUACUAUUUGAUGGGAAUAGUAUCUUAUGGGCCUAAAAUAUGUGGAGAACCAGGUCAUCCAGGAGUAUACACAAGAGUGUCUUAUUUUGUUGAUUGGAUUACAAUGAAACUGAGGAACAGCUAGCUAUUAUAAAUUUGAACUUUUUAAAUGUUCAUAUUCUAUAGUGUAACUAUACGCGUAAAACAUGUAAGUCGUGAUGUAGAGUUAACAAAAUAAUUUAAUAGUAGCUCCAAUUACUCAUAAGCUUUUAAAAUGUAGGAGGUACCUAAUUAAAAAAAUAUUUUUUUGAUCAUUUGUUUUUAAGCUGUUAUGAGCUGGUACCUAUUCGAUUGCUCUUAUUAUUCGUUUAAUAAUAAAUCUUUAAUUCAGUUGAA